CAUAGAUACUCACUCUUUCACACACACACCAAAUAAAAUUUGGGACUUAUUUUAUACUCAUCGUGGAAAAAAAAAAUCCAAUUCCGACGAUCACUCUGUAGUUAUAUUAUCCACCAUUAACAACACCAAACAACAACCACAAGUUGUUACGAAAGUCAAUCCGUGAUAAUUUGAUCCUAAUUUCUAGGAUGUCCUAACAAAGAGCCUAAUUAGUAAAAAUAUUUCAAUUUUUGUCCUGUUUGGGAUCUAUACGUCUUUGUUUUUGGUUUCCGAUCACUAGUUUCAUGACCGAUUCCGUUUCUAUUAACGGACAACAAAUUUUAAUUUAUUGUUUUUUUUUUUUUAAUUAUCUAUAUUAAUAUUAUUAGAGCUUAAUCGCUGGUUGAUCUCAUCAUGGCUAGCAAAUUAGUCAAUGUUGACCCUGAAGAACUCAGGUUUCAAUUUGAACUAGAGAAACCAAGCCAUUGUGAUUUAAAAGUUUCUAACACCACAGACAAGAAUAUUGCCUUUAAGGUCAAAACCACAUCCCCGAAGAAAUACUUUGUACGACCAAAUACUGGAGUCAUUCAACCCUGGGAAUCAUGUAUCAUAAGAGUUACCUUGCAAGCUCAGCUUGAGUACCCUCCAGAUAUGCAAUGCAGAGAUAAAUUUCUUCUGCAAUGCACACCGGUGUCUACAAGCUCUGAUACAGAAGAGCUUCCACAAAAUACUUUUGCCAAGGAAGCUGGUAAACAGUUAGAGGAAUACAAGCUCAAGGUCGUCUACAUUGCUCGCACUGACAAGACAAAUUCAGAUGGCAAUGUCAAACAAAGUCCUGAUCCAAACUCUAAUCAGGCAAUUCAGGCUGCAAGAGCUGCCAAGGAUGCAGCUGUGAAAGAAGUAGCCCAGCUGCAACAAGAGCUGGAUUCGCUAAAGAGAAAGAAUCAGAAAAAGAGUUCUGGAUUCUCGAUAAAACUAGCAAUAGCUGUCGGGCUCAUUGGGAUAAUGGUUGGUUUACUUUUGAAGCUAUUUUUGCCUUCACCUCCAUUCCUACCACCAUCACCAACAACAGAAGAAUAAUUGUCCUUACUGUCACGUUUAAAACCUAAAACUAGUGACAGUGAUAAUGAUUCUUUCAUUCAUUUUUAAUCAACCUUGUUUACGUUUUGUUGUCUUUUUUUUUUCUUUGUACAUUGAUCAUUCACAAUUGCAAAUUGCAAUAUUGUAUUUUUGUACUUUUCUCAACACUUGUAUCAACUUUGAAUUAAGCUUCAUUGUUCUUCGUAA